UUUGGAGAUGCUGUGUGAUCAGUUAUCGACGUGUUCGCUUCUUCGCUCCAGCACGCAAAGGACGACGAGCGAACACACACGCGCAGCCCCCCCGUUCUAGUUCAGACAGUAUUUUAUUUAUAUAACGCGGGGCAUUUCCUCUUUUUGCCCUUCUGUUCUUCCUCUCUAUCUACACUCACACACACGCACUUUGCCGUUAUAUGUAUCGUAGCCGACUCGGUCUGCCGACCUCGUCUGCCUUCUAUACUCUGCCCCGUGUCUCGCCAACGCCGAAAUCGAACUUUGCUACCCAGACCAGGAGGAGCCUGUCUCUUUCACACCGGUUGACGCCUGCCGGGUUUAAUUUGAGGAACUUUGGGACGUCUCCUGCGGUAAUGGCUUCCAAGGAUGAGAAAAUCACCGACUGGGUCUACAAGGGGGACAAAUCGGGCGAGUUUAAACGCCAGCAGAGCUCGUUCCGCAGCUUCAUCUCGCGCGAGGCCGGCGCCGAGUUCCCCCCGGAAAAGGGCAGAUACCACCUCUACGUCAGCUAUGCCUGUCCCUGGGCCACGCGGACCCUAAUUGCGCGGAAGCUCAAGGGCCUCGAAGACAUCAUCUCGUUCUCGGCAGUGCACUGGCACAUGGGAGCUCAAGGAUGGCGGUUCGCAACGGCCGAGGACAGCGACGCCGAGGGCGAGAACGUGAUCCCGGACCCCGUCGAAGGCCACGCGGGCUUCACCCACAUCCGCCAGAUCUACUUCGCCGCCAACCCAGACUACCAGGGCCGCUUUACGGUGCCGGUGCUGUACGACAAGGCCAAGAAGACCAUUGUCAACAACGAGAGCAGCGAGAUUCUGCGCAUGUUUGGCACCGAGUUUGACGACCUCAUCGACGAAAAGUACCGCGCCGUUGUGCUGUACCCGGCCGCGCUGCAAAAGGAGAUUGAUGAGGCCAACGAAUGGCAGUACGACCUGAUCAACAACGGCGUGUACAAGUCGGGCUUCGCCACCACGCAAGCCGCCUACGAGCGCAACGUCGUCGCCUUGUUUGGCGCUCUCGACCGCGCUGAGGCCCAUCUCGCGGCGCAGACCGCCGGCCCGUACUGGUUCGGCAAGGACAUUACCGAGGUGGAUAUUCGGCUGUUUGUGACUAUUAUCCGAUUUGACCCCGUCUACGUACAGCACUUCAAGUGCAACCUGCGCGACAUCCGGUCCGGCUACCCAGCUCUGCACGCGUGGAUGCGCGAGCUGUACUGGCGCGUGCCGGCGUUCCGCGACACGGCCAACUUUUUGCACAUCAAGAACCAUUACACGCGCUCGCACACGCAGAUCAACCCCUUUUCCAUCACGCCGCUAGGCCCGCUGCCCGACGUGCUGCCGCUGGAUGAAGAGGUGCCUGUUGUUAAGGCCACUGCUGCUGCGAAGGCGUAGGUGGAGACGGAAAGGUCUUUAGGUGAAGGGGGGGUGUUGACUUUUUGUUGGUAGAUGGAUUAGUGAACACCUGGUGUGAGGCUGCGCCGCCGUGUGCUUGUUGUUGUUUUUACCUUGUCGGUAUCUGAUAUUGUCUAGGUUUGUAUUUACAGCUUUCGGCCAAUUUUUUUUGAGUGAAUAUACUAGGGAUGUGCCGUGUUCCCUGUGUUCAGUUUAGUGUGUGUGUGGUUAUGGGUGUAAGCUAUAUCACUUUGUGAUAGAUUUAGCUGUAGAAACCCCUCCUUGAGCAGACGAAAUAGGUACAUCACAACGUAUUCCUUUUUUCUCUUCUUUUUUUUUCAACUCACCGCCGUACGCCAAAUGGUGAUGAUGGGACAAGGACAGAAAAGUGAACAAAUCAAGUGUUAGCCCAGUAGUCAUAUUACUUGGU